AUGCCACUCUAUUCAAAGUUUCUGAAGGAUAUGCUAACCAAGAAGAGCAAAUAUAUCCACAGUUAUAAUAUUGUGGUGGAAGGAAACUGCAGUGCUGUGAUUCAAAGAAUCCUUCCACCUAAAUACAAAGAUCUGGGGAGUGUUACGAUCCCCUACUCUAUUGGUCUAGUGUCAGUUGGUAAAGCCCUCAUUGACUUGGGGGUUAGCAUAAAUUUGAUGCCUCUCUACAUGUGUAGGAGGAUUAGAGAGUUGGAGAUUAUGCCAAUAGAAAUGACAUUGCAGCUGGCAGAUCGUUCCAUCACAAGGCCUUAUGGCAUGAUCGAAGAUGUUUUGGUCAAGGUGCAACAAUUUACCUUCCCUGCAGAUUUUGUUGUCAUGGAUAUUGAAGAGGAUGCUAAAGUCCAUCUGAUUUUGGGUCGUCCCUUCAUGUUAACUGCCAAUUCUGUGGUGGAUAUGGGGAAAGGUAAUCUGGAAAUGGGUAUUGAUAAUCAGAAGGUCACAUUUAAAUUAUUUGAUGCCGCAAAGCACUCACUUGAACGGGAUAUCUGCUCCAAGACAAAGGAAGUUAAGAAUGAGAUGGUUUUCUUGGCCAGAGCCAAGCUUGCUCCAAACCCAUGA